AUGAAACAAACACAAGCCGAUACGAAGAUGAAGCAGAAGAAGAAAGUUCUGACGAAAAAAAUUUCCAAGAAGAAAACGAAGCUUUUCAAAGAUCCAUUUCUUCGUGAACUCAAUCAGAAACCAGGAAAAAAAACUGCAUCGAUUCCACCAGUGCUUCCAACAAAUGUUAUCAAAGAAGAUGAUGCCAUUUCAUCGCGAACAGCAUCGAACAAAUCGAACAUAGCUCGUCUGCUGCCUAAAACUCGUCUUCAACUGCCAACUCAUGCACUCCGAUCUGCUCGAACAUUUGCUCAAUGUCCUUCAAUGAGCGUUGUUAGUAAUGAAACGAUCACUACUCAACAUCGACAAUUACCUGUGAUAUGUUCGCGUGGUGCACUGAAUUUUCACGCUCGGCGUUUAGGCACUGCGAAACGAGUCGAUAAUGAAUAUCGUAUUGGUCAAGUCCACAAACGCAAUGCUGGCAAAAUGAAAAUCGAUGCCUUGUAG